AUGGAGCUACCCGAUAUCACUCCAAGCGCAUUCAUCGCCCGUCAACUGAAAAUCAUCGUCAUCGGCGCUGGCAUCUCCGGAAUCCAAUUUGCGCACGAUGCAGUCGCAUCACUCUCAGCGCUGGAUCUCGAGAUUUACGACCGAAACCCUUGCCUAGGCGGGACGUGGUAUGAGAAUCGGUAUCCUGGCUGCACAUGCGACGUCCCCUCGCAUACGUACCAGUUCAGCUGGGCGCCAAACCCGCUCUGGUCCUCGCUUUAUCCUCCCGCGCCGGAGAUUCACCGGUACUUGCAAGAUGUGGCGGACAACCACAACCUGUGCCGGUUCAUGACUUUCAGCACGGAGUGCAUCUCAGCGGAAUGGGAUGAGGGCUUGUCCAAAUGGCAGGUUAUCCUACGCAAUGUGAGCACCAAUAAGGAGAGGACCGUUUGGUCUGAUGUUUUCAUCUAUGCUGUGGGCCGGCUGAAUAACUACAAGUUUCCUGAUAUCCUUGGCCGGGACAAGUUCCAGGGUGUGCAGGUGCAUACUGCCAGCUGGCCCGUUGAAACUGAGGUUAAGGAUAAGCGAGUGGUUGUUAUUGGCAAUGGUGCCAGUGCGGUUCAAUGCGUGGCUUCUUUGCAGCCUGUUGUCUCUAGCAUUGUCAACAUUGCUCGAGGCGCAACGUGGAUUGUUCCGCAUGUCUUUUCUGGGGAUGGGGCUAUUCAGCGUCAUUACACAGCAGAGCAAAGGUACACCUUCAAAACUAAUCCAGGUCAAUACUAUGAUGACCGCAUCAAACUGGAGAAACUGCUGGCAGCAGGCUUCCCAGGCCUCUGGAAAGGGACCAAGUCCCAAGCCAAAUUCUCAGUAUUAGCUCAAGCAUUCAUGAAAGCCAAGAUCACAGAGCCAGAAUUGUUGAACGCAAUUCUCCCAGAAUUUGAAGCUGGCUGUCGUCGGUUCACUCCCGGUGGCCAUUAUCUGGAUGCGCUGCAGAAGCCUAAUGCUCUCUACGUGAAGGACUCCAUUGCCGAACUGACAGAGAAUAGCCUCAUCGCCAAAUCAGGCAAGGAACUCCCCUGUGAUCUCCUGGUUUAUGCCACUGGCUUUGAGCCAUAUCAGCCGCGUUUCCCAGUCAUCGGUCGUGAUGGACGCACUUUGACAGCGGAGUGGGGACACAGUGGUCCUUGCGAGAGUUACAUGGCUGCGAUGGUUGCUGGAUAUCCCAAUCUCUUUGUAUUCAACCCACCAAUCUGCCCCGUCAAUGGAUCAGCAAUUCCAGGCAUCGAACGAGCAAGCAACUACAUGACCCGAAUCCUCUCCCGACUCCAAACAGACAGCCUGCGAUCAGUAUGCGUGACCGAGCAGGCCCAGCGGGAAUUCAAUGACUGGGUUCAAUCACGAAUGCCACACAUGGUCUGGUCAGGACCAUGUAACUCCUGGUACAAGAACGAGAAUGGAAAAGUCAUCGUGCCCUGGCCAGGCACAGUUUUCCACUACUACGCCGCAACAGAGAUAAUCCGCUGGGAGGACUUCGACUUGGUCUACCAGAACGCAAGAGACAAAUACGGCAGUUUCGGAAAUGGAGUGACAGCAGUGGGAUUUGUGCCUGAUCAAUUUCCUUGGGUUCAUCGUCCUAUCGCCUUUUUCUCACAGACACAGACCGAGAAAGCAGAGCCAGCUCCAACACUUAUCCCAAGCAACCUGUGGCACGGAAUGAGUCAAUUCCUCCAGCUGCUGGGCGCAUGGGUAUUCUAG